AUGGAGGGCGUUCAAACGGUGGAUGUGAGCUGGCUACAUCACUCACAGAAAGACCAUCUGUCCCGAACAAAAUCAGUAUCAUCCUCAACUAGUGAUCGGCCAAGUACGGAUAGAGAUGCCGCCACCAAAACCACAUCAAACUCGCACCGAAGGUCUCGAUCGAACAGCAGCCCGGCCCGCGCACCAUCCUCCGAGAAAUCACAACCCAAACAAGUGCCCCAGGGCGAUAUAGGGAAAGCAGAACAUAAAGUCCAGGCGACUGAGAAGGUGGCCGAGCAAAAACCACAGUCCACUCCGUCCCCGGCAUCGCAAAAAAGUAGUCCCAAGCCCAUCGGCGGGAGGCGAAAUUCAUGGAUUUCUUCUCUGAGCUCGAAAUUCUCAUCCGGAUCAACACCCCCGUCGCAGUCCAGUCUUAAGGCUAGCCCUGCAAGUCCGAAGGCGACCUCACCUCUCGAUACCCACAACCCGUUUGGCGCGGCCUAUUCCCCAAAGGACAAGGAAGAUGAAAAGAAAGAAGACCCGAGCCCCUUUACUUCCACCUCUCCGAAAGGGCCUUCAUUCAUCCAUAAUGCGCUACGCAAAUUCUCAUCGAAUUCUGGAGGCUUGCCCAAGCUACCGCCAAAUGGGGCGAUUUGCCCACGGCGUGUCAUGAAUCUGGACCAGACCCGGGAACGUUGCAAGAUCACGGAUUUGAAUCAAGCCAAAUUACAUCGUGUCGCUUUUUGUGUGGAUGUGGAAAUCGCUGGUAUUUCCCAUCGAGAUUCUGACGAAGAUGCUCCCCCGACAAACCAACUGCGACAGCAUCUUCCUGAAUCAAGUCGCCAAAAGUCCAAGAAGGCGGAUGCAAAGGAGAAAGGGAAAGAGGAAGGGGGAAUUUUGAAGGAUUCUCAGGCAGCAGUGGCCGAAAAAGAAGCUCCUUUAAUGACCAGCCAAGGAAGUUCUACCCCGGAGGCUCAACCUGCGGCCCCGACGGCCCCGACGGCCCCUACACCUGAUAUGGCGGACCCAAAGCCUCCCGGCGAUGCGAAACCGAAUGGCGAAGGGAAAGAAUCGACACGGAAACAAGAGAAGAAGAAACGAUCCGAGGAAGAAAGAAAAGAACGCAAGGAACGAAAACGCAGACAGGCGGUGGCAAACGGAUCUAUUCCAUUGCAAUUGGACGCAGAGAACGAUGACGAUGACCGUGCCCCUGCAGUCGGUCUGCCUCGCUCUAAGACCCAAAGUCAUCCCACCACAGACCCAGUGCGCAUAUAUCGUCGUUGUUGUCAACUACGAGAAACCCCGGUCCUGAAAAGGGUCGUGGACGAGAUCUCUUCUCCUUCCUCCACAUUGGCUGAAUCCCCGGGCACUGUUGCCGCUCUGGAUCUGAGCAAUUUUCCGAUGAGCUCUCAGGACAUUGCGACGUUUAGCGACUGGCUUGCUAUCGUUCCUGUGCGGAAGCUCAUUAUGGAAAACUGCGCAUUGACAGAUGACUCUGUGCGUGCAAUUUUAGCCGCUUUGUUGUCCACCAAGACAGUGGAACAGAUGCGAUGCCGCCGAAGACGAGCGCGGAGAUCCGAGUGUCCAAUUGUCAAGGAUGAACGAUGGGGCGUCGUGGAAAAACUCUCUCUCAAGGACAAUCCGAAGAUUGGACGCGAAGGAUGGCGCCAUAUUGGACUGUUUAUUCAUUUAUCAAAAUCUCUUAAGGCGAUCGAUCUGUCUGGAAUUCCUUUCCCCCGGCCACGAGUACCCUCCGAUGGGUCUACUGGCUCCACGGGUCAAAGCCAGUCUCAGUCAUCUGCCGGUGACGUUUGUACUAUAUUCGCGAAUGCCUUGGCGGAGCGAUUCAGCGGCGAUCAUCUCGAGGAACUCUUGUUGAGCGAGUGCAAACCUUCUGCUGAGCAGGUCAAAAUGAUAUGUGAGGCAGCCUCUAGAAUGGGCUUGCGAAGACUCGGGCUUGCCAACAAUGAACUGGCACGAGAGGGCCUGGAACAUGUUAUCGAAUAUUUCAAAGCCGGCCAGUGCGAGGGAUUAGAUCUAGGAGGGAAUCCCAUCAAGGAUGAUCUUGGUCUCAUUGCAAAUGCGAUUGACCCUGAGCAGUCGCUUUAUACACUCAGCCUGGCCGACUGCUCGUUGAGUGCACCUGCUAUUUGCCCGUUGCUCCAGUCCUUGACCAGGCUUCACAAUCUUCGCUUCAUCGAUUUCUCGCAUAAUCCUGAGCUCUUCUCGGUACAACCAAGCGCUCUGGGUGCAUUCCGUCGUUUCCUGCCCAAGAUGCCUUCUCUCAAACGGAUCCAUCUUGCCGAUGUUAAUCUAUCACCGGAUCAUGUUAUCGGCCUGGCCGAAGUUCUUCCGGAAUGUCCUAGUCUAUGUCACUUGAAUAUCCUGGAGAACCCACAAAUCACGGCUCUGGCUUCUGGUACGGAUGCUGCUGUUCAGGAAGAAGCAUGCGCAGUCUACGCUUCAAUGAUGGCAGCUGUUCGUGUUUCGCGCACCAUUAUUGCAGUCGAUAUUGAAAUCCCCACUGCUGAAAACAAUGAAGUUGUGAAGGCUCUUGCAUCUCAGAUUGUGGCCUACUCACUUCGGAACCUUGAAGGUGGUGCUAUCGCAGAAGAGCUUUCCGAGUCAAUUGUAUCGCCUACCACCAAAGAUGUCCCUGUGCCUGAAAUUUUGCAGCACAUCGUCGGCAACGCAAGCGGCUUUGAAGAGCCGUGUUAUGAAGAGGAUGAACCGGCUCCCGAUGAAGACUAUGUCAUCGGUGGUACAGGUGUGGUAAAGGCACUUGGUGUCUGUCUUGGAAACUUGGACCACCAAGCCAGUGAUUCUCUUGGAGAUCAAUCUGCGCCACCCAGUGGUACUACUACUCCAAGGCGUCGCAAGUCUCGAGGCGUCGUAACGAAGAGACCUCGUGAUAUGUCCAAGAAUUUGCUGGAAUCAGCACGCAAUAUUAGGGCUCGGAUUCAGUCUGCUCUUAUUCGCGAGGACCGAGCUGGCAAUGAUGCAAACUAUAGACGCCUCCAAUUCCUGGACUUCACCUUGCACAGAAUGAUUCAACGAUUCGAAGAUGAAUAUCCUGAGACGCGUAUUUCCGUUCCACCCAUUCCCUCGUUUGCUGCUCCCGAUAGUACCUCACAACACUCCGGUGAGGAUGCCAACGGUGUCGGUGCUGCCACUGGUAACUUGAGUGGUAGUGUCGUGGAAAAUGAAAACGCAAUUGAUGACGAGGAAACCGACCAUUACGCCAUCCAUCUCUCACGAACCAGUUCUAUGACAUCUCUCCAUGCUCGAGCCAUGACUUCGGAGGAAGGCCAUGUCCAUCGUCUAGGACAGAACCUUCGCCGUGACUUCCUCAACCCACCCGCCGGUCAAGAUAAUCUCGAUGAUGAUGGCGAUGCUCAUCUGGCUGCUCUACGGGAGAAACUAGAGCGUCUUCAUGAGCAGCAGUCUCAAUCGCCAUUUGAUAGCGCUGAAGCCGAGCAAGCCUUUGAAAAACUCGGAUCUACUGUUGAUGAACUUUGGGAUGCUAAACGCCAGGACAUAGAGGGUUUUGAGCGCUUCAAGCAGUCUCAAAUUGCGGCACAGAUAAACAGUGGCUUCCGCCUUGCCGCUUCCUUAUCUGAGGACGGCCGUACUCAAAGCAAGACAAAUGAUGCUCCUAUUGCGCAGAAGACUGAAAACGGGUCGUCCCCGUCUUAG